AGGCUCAGUCCAGAGGCGAGAUCAGGAGCAUUGGUGGAGAUAGUCUGCGCUGGCUUGCAACACACACACACACACACACGCGUUUCUCCAGCUUUUGCAGGGUCUCCUCGUCGCUCUCGUCUGCAUCGUCCCGCUGCUGCUUCGCCCAGCAAAGGGUCUGCGAAGGGAAGCAGGGCGCGCCGAGCACGCUGUAUACGGACCUGUGCCAGCAUCAGGGAUAACAUGGUGAUCAAAGUGUUCAUUGCAUCGUCCUCCGGAUCCACCUCGAUUAAAAAGCAGCAGCAGGAUGUGAUGGGCUUCCUGGCAGCCAAUAAGAUUGAGUUUGAGGAGUGUGACAUCGCGGCCAACGAGGCGAACAGGAAGUGGAUGAGGGAGAAUGUGCCCGAGGAGUCCAGGCCCGCCACCGGGAACCCUCUGCCGCCCCAGAUAUUUAAUGAGACCAAAUAUUGUGGGAACUACGAGGCCUUCUUCGACGCCCGAGAGGACAACGCAGUGUAUGCGUUUCUUGGACUGACUGCUCCUCCAGGUUCGAAGGAGGCCGAGGCUCUAGCGAAGAAAGCCCAGCAGUAGCAUCCUUUACACUGUUUCUACCUGAGACCUCUGGCCUUCCCAGAACCCACACCUGGACCCCGAUCCACCCAGAACAGACCCGGGAAAAAAAAGGAGCAAUUCUUCACUCAGCUUAAAAAAAUAUGUGGGCCAUUUUUUUCACUUCCUUUGUUCAAUAUGUUGUGUUUUUUUAGUGAUUAUCCUUCAGCUGUGCCUUCCCAGCUACAGUCAUAGGAGGUACUACAGAAGAGCGCCGUGGUUGGAGAAAAACAGCUUCCACCUCCCGUUAACCUCCGCCUGCGAUACCUUUUGGCCUAAUGACAUGUUUCCGUUAGCAUGUACGUGUAGCUUCUCUUUAGCGAGCGCAACAUCCGGCACGACCAAAUGUCCAAAGUAUUGUAAACUCAUUGUUAACAGUAAUGUAACAAAACACGACCACCGUCACUGUAAUGUGACAGGUUCAGUCAGUAGACGUCUUAAAUUCUGGAAGCGUCGUGCUCAUGUCGGAUCGCAUCGGAAAUGCAGCACUUUUUGGAAGAAAUGUUCUAUUACAAUCCUGUUCUCUGUGUUUUAUUUACUUGAUAAUGUCUUAAUGCUAUUUUGCUAGCAAACUGUUUUCUAAGAGAUGAUAAAUGUUUGAAAAUGAUGCCAAAAUGGCUAGAUAAGGGAAGUUCUCUCUCUUUUUUAUUUGCUGUUUUUUGUUUUUUUUUAAGGAAGUGCGACAGUCAUUCCUUUCUGUUGUAAGAACCCUGUUUCACACCGUGUUGUAUUUCUUGCGACGAGUCCUCCCUGAAAUAAAAAGGAAAUAAGACAACAA